UACUCUGAAAGAUGACAUCAAUGCGAAAAGCGUGCUUGCGUUUCCACUUCCACGGACGAGACAGCAUUGGAGAAUCCGCGCUGGGUGGAGCCGGGGGGUGUCAUGAAGUCACUCACCAUCACGGGUGGACCUGUGGCAUAAAAGCACGAUGGGGGCAACAGCAGGAGAAGACACAUCGGCCAGGAGGCAUGAUGGACAAGCUGGGCUGGAUCUGCCUCUCCCUUGCCAGUCUCUCUGGCCCACUCUGGGCAAUCCCUGUGGCCAGCGAAGGGUCCUACUGGCUCCCAGCCACUGAUGAAGACGCCAGGAUAACUCUGGAGGCCCUGAGCAGCAGGAGCAGAGGGUCCUCCCUCAUGCAGACCCCACAGGGAUUAGUGGGAGCGCAGGUGGAAGACACUCUGAGGAAAGCAGGUCUCCAGCCCAGAGGCUUUAUGCCAUCGAGGGAAAAUGUCAAAGAGGCACUCUUCAGAAACCUCCCCCAGAACACAUUGCUGAGCCGCUUGCUAGCCACAGACAGGAAGCAGUACAAGAAGCGUGGCAACCUCUCCGAAUGCUUCUGGAAAUACUGUGUGUAACUGAUGGUCAACUGGACAACCCCCCCCCCCCA